AAAAUUAGUUGGAUGAGCUUUGUAUCAGAAAUCAACGUCUAUUUUUCAAAAUCCAUUAUAUGUAUAUAAAUAAAAAUACGUUUAAAUCAACAGUAAGUUUGCUUUUGGCUCGCUAAGUCAAAUUUAAUGUAAGACAUGACACUUCGUGUCUUGGUCGUUCCGUUGUUACGAAACUUUUUAUAAUAAUUUUUCGGUAUUUUAUUGUGUGGAAUGGGUGACAUAAAUUCUAGUCGACUGCCACGUUGGUGGUCCGGUGGGGUUUGUUCCGCGAUGGCAGUAACGACGACACAUCCGCUAGAUUUGGUAAAGGUUCAGUUGCAGACGCAGUCUGAAAAGGUGCCCGUAUCGCGACUGAUUAAUAACAUAUAUAGGAAUGCGGGACUCCUGGGGUUCUACAGCGGUAUUUCGGCGUCAUGGUUCCGUCAGCUUACCUACACCACGGCCCGAUUUGGUCUGUACGAAUAUGGUAAGAACUUUGUAGACGCCAAUAAUAUGUCAGCAAAGUUCCAAUUGGCCGCGGGGGCGGGUCUGUUGGGUGGAAUACUGGGCGUGCCGGGUGAUGUGGUAACAGUGCGGCUGCAGAACGAUUCCAAGCUGCCGGUGGCCGAGCGUCGAGGCUAUAAACACGUUUUUGAUGGCCUUUAUCGGAUCGCGAAGGAAGAGGGCUUUAAGAGUCUGUUUCGAGGCACCAUACCAGCAGUAACGCGGGCCAUACUAUUAACAAUUGGCACAAAUGCCGCAUAUGACCAGGUUAAGCAGGUUUUAAAGGGUGACGUUGGUAUUAAGGAGGGACUUCCCCUGCAUUUCCUAACAUCAACAAUUGCCGGUUUCAUUGGCACCAUAAUGACGCAGCCGAUCGAUGUGAUGAAGACAACGUACAUGAAUGCACCGCCAGGUGAAUUUAGAGGCCUGGCUGAUGUUGCUGUUCACACAAUGAAACAGGGUCCAUUGGCUUUCUACAAGGGCUUCGUGCCGGCUCUGCUGCGCAUCAGCCCGAACACGAUAAUCACCUUUAUGCUGUACGAGCAGGCGCGCUUACGCUUUGGAUAUUUGCCAUCCAAUGACUCGGACUCAAAUAAGAAAUUCAAAUAGGAUUUAUAUGUUUAUAUAUAUAUGCAUUUACAUAUAUAGAUUUAUAGACACGGACAAUACGUGGCCAACCUGAAGAUGCAAACGACGAUGUCACAGCCGCUGCAUCGGCAAUUGCAGCAGUUGGCUUGAGUUGCGCAUAUUUUCACAUGAGGAAACUGGACUGACUGAAGUAGGCGACUGUAAACGGAAGCAUCUUUUGGCUUUCUGUCUGUCUCGCCGCCUAGUUGUAGUCGGUUUGUUCGCUUUUUUUACUCUACACGUACUGUAAGUGUAGCAAAGAUGUAUUGAUUAUGAGACAUUGAAUGCUACAGCCAGAAUAUGGAGUCGAGUAAAGUCGCGCUGCUGUAGCCAUCUUACCUGUCUACCCGUUUUUAUGCAGCUUUAAAUUCAAGAGCCCAGCCACAGAGUAUCCGCUAGUCGUGCACACUUACCGGCUAAGCACUCUACUUGUCUUCCAGCUUUAUUUGGUGCACAGUUUUCUGUCUGUCUGGCCAUUUCCACACGCCGCCCCGCCGCUUGCCCGUCUGUCUUGUUUGUCAAAGAGAAACAGUUAAAUGCCAGUUUACCAGUUAAAUCGGAAUCAAAGCGAAAACAAUGACACAGUAGCAGACCCCCGCCCGUCAGCUACUCCGGCAGACCACAGUCGGAGCGACAGCGACAGCGAGAGCGAGAGCGAGAGCUGAACCCGACCUGCUGCUCGCCAAAUGGCAAGUGAAGUAACUGCACGAAAAAAAAAUCGUCUAGACACAGACUAGACUCCAUAAAAAUAAUUAUUAUCGGUUGCAAUUUCUGUGCCUGUGCCUGUGCCUGUGCCGGCCACCCCUUGCGCCCCUGACUCCUAUAGCUCUCCUCCCUCUACACAAACAUGGUUCGGCUUUUCGCUUUGGCGCUCGACUCGAUGGACGUCAUUCGCAUCAUUCGUUUUCAUCUGCUUCACAUUACGAUUGUAGCUUCUAUUGCUCUCUCUCUCUCUCUCCUCUCACUCUCUUGACUAGUUUCUCUCUUCUUUUUUUCUGUUUCUUACUCAGAUUACGUUCGCGAUCGAAUCUAUUUAACGUACUCAAGUCCUGCCUGUGCUGUUCACUACUGAAAUGUACAUGCAGAUCGCUUGCUCUUGUGCUGAAUAUUAAGUGUUGUGAAUUGAGAAGUUUUAGAAUAUAAAUUUU